CGAUUUGUUCUAUAACAAAACAGUGAGGCAUGCACUCUCGGGUAUUGUGGAAGUGAUAGGAUGUCUGAUCGUUAAUCAGGCAUCACUGAAUCAACAGGAAGCCUGUAACUCCAUGGCUAGACAUGGAUAGUGUUGUUUAUCAAUCACUCCUCAGAGACAUACGAACAGUAGAAAAUUCAAGUAUAAGAAACCUAGCAAAGAAACGACUUCCAAUAUUAACAUGGCUCCCAUCUUAUGAUCUAGAAACGUUUUCACAGGAUCUUCUGGCUGGAUUUACCGUUGGUCUUACAGAAAUUCCACAAGGUAUCGCAUAUGCAGUCGUUGCAGGUCUUCCUUCUCAAUAUGGACUCUACGCCGGAUUCAUGGGUUGUUUCAUGUACUUUGUUAUCGGUAGCUGCAAAGACAUCAAUAUUGGACCUACGGCAAUUAUGGCACUAAUGAUACAGCCCUACGUAACUGCCUUGGGAGUUGCAGGAGGGAUUUUGAUAACAUUCCUGUCGGGUUGUCUUAUCUUCCUAUGUGGACUUUUUAAUUUAGGUUUUAUAGUUGAAUUAUUUUCAUAUCCAGUGAUAGCAGGAUUUACGACGGCAGCAGCUUUAAACAUAGCAUCUUCUCAAAUAAAAUCGCUUUUGGGAAUUACUGGGAAAUCAGAUACAUUCCUGACUGCUUGGAUAUCUGUUUUUGAAAACAUCAAACAAACGAGACUGGCAGAUUCCUUGAUGGGAUUAUUCACUAUUAUAUUCUUAGUGAUGGCAAAGGAAAUCAGAAGAUUUGGAUCAUUAAAAAGGCGAUCCGAUUGGUCAAGAAGAAGAAAUAUCUUUGGAAUAUCCAUUUUUAUGUUUUCGUUGGCAAGUAAUGCCCUUGUGGUCAUUUUCUGCAGUGUGCUUGCCUACAUAUACAAGCAAAAUGGAGAAACGCCCUUCAAACUUACAGGUGAAGUCAAAGGCGGACUGCCGUCUUUCGGUUUGCCACCAUUUAGUACUGAUUUUAAUGGUACACAUUUUUCUUUCAAAGAUAUGAUGAAUGAAUAUGGAUCACUAGUUGUAUUUUGUCCAUUAAUUGCCGUCCUAGAACAUAUUGCCAUUGCCAAGGCUUUUUCCAAGGGUCGAUCUUUAGACGCCACCCAAGAAAUGUUGGCUCUGGGAAUAUGCAACAUCAUGGGCUCGUUAAUUCAAUCAAUGCCAGUAACCGGUUCCUUUACGAGAACAGCAGUAAACCACGCAUCUGGUGCAAAGACUCCAACAUGUGGAAUAAUCACAGGUAUCAUGGUGCUACUCGCUCUCGGAUUUUUGACCUCCACUUUUCAAUACAUUCCAAAGAGUACAUUAGCUGGUGUUAUAAUGGUAGCUAUGUACUAUCUGUGUGAUUUUGCUGCAUUUAAACUGUUGUGGAAAUCAAAAAAACUCGAUCUCAUUCCUCUUACAACAACGUUAGUCUGCUGUCUACUGAUCAACUUAGAGUAUGGAAUUUUAAUCGGAAUCGCAGUAAAUAUUGUAUUCGUACUAUAUUCUUCGGCACGACCAAAGAUAGAAAUUGAAGAAUUAUCUCCUCAGUAUUACUUAGUCAAAUUCAAAACCGGAUUGCACUAUACCGCUUCCGAAUAUUUAAGGGAAAAUAUACUACAAAUGUGUAAAACUGCCAAUAGCACCGUCAUUAUUGAUGGUGAAUAUAUUGGCAACGUAGAUGCCACUGUAGCUAAGAGUUUUAACGUUCUGCAAGAUGAACUGAACAUUAGGAACCAAAAAGUUAUAUUUUGGAAUUUCAAAAAAUCUGUGAUUAAAACUUGCCUAGGAGUUAAUGAGAAUCUCAAGGAAAACUUCAGAGAAGACAGUUUACAACAAAUUAUAGGUCAUAAAGGCCAAGGGCGGAUCUAUGGUGGGACGGGGGAGGAGCAAUGGGGAUAAUUAUUCCCCCAGACAGGUCCCACCAUAAUUUAAAUAAAUGGAAAAAACUGGAUAUAAAUACUAUAGGUAAGAGCUUAAAAAUAUACUAAAAAAUAUAUAGGUACCCAUGUUUUUACUUCUAUAUUAAUAGCAAGUGCCCAAAACAUUAGUUGAGCAUUUUAUUUUAAAGGAGUUUUGGAUAAAAGUUGGGCCCAGAGUUUUUUUACCCUCCCCCAGAAAUAUUUCAUAGAUCCGUCCUUUAGAGGGCAAGAUGACACAGCUAUAUUUCAACUUGCCCGCUAGCUCGGUGAUCAUAACAUGAAAGCAUGGUCGGAUAAAAUAUAACCCUAAGAGCAGUUACAAUAUCCUAAGGUAAAGAUUAGGAACGCCCUUUUUAUCUCCAAAAUAAAUCACGACAAGAAAUGCUACGAUGGCAUAAAUAUAUAACGAAACAUAUGGUACUUACAUUGGACCAAGAUACAACAAUGACACAAAAACGUAAAUAUUUUUUUAAACGUACGGAGCAUCCGCACCCAAAGACUAUCAAACGAUUACUGUGAAGGAGUAGAUUCUAACGAGCGUACGGACUGAACGAAUAAUGGACUAGUUUUCGUGGUGGGGGCAGUGUGUCGUCUUGCCCGGCUAUGUCAACUUGCCCACCCUUCCCCUACA